GCGCGGCGCGAGCCGAAGUCAAGCCGGGUGGGCGGCGGGAGGGCUGGGGACCCGGCAGGCGGCCGCGGUGGCUUCUGCUUCGCCGAACCGGGACGCAGCGAUCGGCCGAUGGGCUGCACCUUCUCAGGCUGUUGCUCUCCCCGGGGAUCCACGCACCCGCGCCCGCCUGGGCUUUGUCAGUCGAUUCCAGCCGCCGCCACGGGCGGAGCCUGAGGACCUGCGCUCGCGCCCUGCACGCCCAGCCUCGCUCAGCUUGGCCGCCGGAGCCCUAGCGCAGCAUCCUUUGCCCGCUCAUGCUGCAGUUGGUGGCCAGCAGCGAAGCUGCGGCUGAAAUCUGCCGCUCAGUGACCUCAGCCCGGUCCCCGAGCGUCGCCCGAGCCGCUCUCCACGAUGGCUGAGCUUGGGGCUCCGCGCCCCGCUUUGGCUCGGCUGAGACCGUUCCGCGCCAGGUGCCCCCGGUACCCCCGCUGAGCCGCGCCAGGUCGGGGAUCGCCAGGCCCGGGCGCCCCUAGCCCUCGCCUCCCCGCCGCGCCCUUCCCCUCCCGCCCUCUCCACUGCUGCUCCCCGGGGCUAGGGGCUAGGAGACCCAGACAAAGCCCCACUUUGUGAGUGAGACAGGCUUGGAAUGUGCUCGGCGGCGCGCGCCCCCUCUCCGCCCCACCAGCUGCGAGUCUUAGCUCCCCGGAGGGUCGCGACAGAGAAGUCACACCGUGCAUCGCCCUCUACCCUUGAAUCCCUGGCCCCUGUGGUCCAGACUCGGAGCUCACGCGGGCUCCCUCGGCUCGCGCCAGUGUGAGUGAGCAAGAAUUUGGUAGAGGAAUUUGUUUUUUCCAAAACUGGGAGUGGGCACCGGUGUCUUGGCCCGCCUUUUUGGUAUAGCUGCAGGUCUUAAGCUGUCUGGCCUCAGUCUCCCCACCUCGACCCCCACUUUUCUCCUCUCGGCCAUCCUAGAUCGCUGUGGGUCAUUGUUCUCGCUGCCAAACGGGGGUGAUUUGUACAGGCUGCCAAGUUGGGGUGUGUUCUCUUUAUCCUGUUUUCCAAACAGAACAAGGCCGACCCUGGGCAACCCACCUGGCCAUCACUCCAGGUUGAUGCUCUGAUUCUUACCAAAUGGUAUUUUAUUGUACAGGAGCCACGCCCUGGUUUCUUAAAGGGGCCAGGCACUGUUUGACCAUGUGUUAUUUUUAUAGCGGGUGUGUGGGAGGCCUCUUGUGAGGCACUUAUCCGCCCCCCUUCCGCCUCCUGAUCAUCCUCCCACCCCCGUUGAGGAUUUAGGGAUGCCAGGGGGAAAGAAGGUGGUCCCAAGUGGCAGCAGCGGUGCCUCCCUGAACGCAGCCACAGCCGCCACCACCGCUGCUGCUGCCGCCGCCACUGCUGCUGCUGCUGCCGCUGCCCACUCUGGCAUUACAUGUUUGGAGACCACCGAAGGGGCCUCUGCACAGAGAGACGAGGAGCCCGAAGAGGAAGGGGACGAGGACCUACGAGAUGGAGGUGUCCCUUUUUUCAUCAACCGAGGUGGACUGCCAGUGGACGAGGCCACCUGGGAAAGGAUGUGGAAGCAUGUGGCCAAGAUCCACCCAGAUGGAGAGAAGGUGGCCCUGCGGAUCCGUGGGGCUACCGACCUGCCCAAGAUUCCCAUACCAAGUGUGCCUACUUUCCAGCCGACAACGCCCAUCCCUGAGCGCCUGGAAGCCGUGCAGCGCUACAUCAGGGAGCUGCAGUACAAUCACACAGGGACACAGUUCUUUGAAAUUAAGAAGAGCAGACCUCUGACAGGGCUGAUGGAUCUGGCCAAGGAAAUGACCAAAGAGGCUCUGCCAAUCAAAUGCCUGGAAGCUGUGAUCCUGGGAAUUUACCUCACCAACAGCAUGCCCACCCUGGAACGCUUCCCCAUCAGCUUCAAGACCUAUUUCUCAGGGAACUACUUCCGCCACAUUGUGCUGGGGGUGAACUUUGGGGGCCGCUACGGAGCCCUGGGCAUGAGCCGAAGAGAGGACCUGAUGUACAAACCGCCAGCCUUCCGCACGCUCAGUGAGCUCGUGCUGGACUAUGAGGCGGCCUAUGGCCGCUGCUGGCAUGUGCUGAAGAAGGUAAAGCUGGGCCAGUGUGUAUCCCACGACCCCCACAGUGUGGAACAGAUUGAAUGGAAGCACUCAGUGCUGGAUGUGGAGCGGCUGGGGCGGGAAGACUUCCGCAAGGAGCUGGAGCGUCAUGCUCGAGACAUGCGUCUCAAGAUUGGCAAGGGGACAGGCCCUCCCUCUCCCACCAAGGACCGGAAGAAGGAUGUUUCCUCCCCACAGAGGGCCCAGUCCAGCCCUCAUCGCAGGAACAGCCGCAGUGAGAGACGGCCUUCAGGGGAGAAGAAGCCUGCAGAGCCCAAAGCCAUGCCAGACCUCAGUGGAUACCAGAUCCGGGUGUGAGGCAGAUGCCAGCACCCCCAGGCCUCCUCAGCUUCUGGAGGCCCAGACUCACCUGCACGAAAGAACCUACUUCAUUCAGGCAGGGGCUGGUGAUGAGGUGGACUUGGGGUGGGAGGCAAGGAGGAGGCCUUGCCGUUCAGCCCCAAGUGACUUCCUAUCCCAUGAAGUCAAGCCCCUAACUUUGAGCCAAGAAACAGUAUUUUAUUUGGAGUUUUAGCUCUACAACUGGUUUAAGGUAUUUGAAGGGAAAGACAAAUGGAUAUGUUGGUAGCUGCCAGGGUCUGCUCUCUUGCGCGUGCUCGUUCUCUCUCUCUCUCUCUCUCUCUCUCUCUCUCUCUCUCUCUCUCUCUCUCUCUCUCUCUCAGCACUGCAUGGCUUGGGGAGGAGGGCUGCCUGUUUCUGUGGUGCUCCUCUCAACAGCGAUCAGGAUUUGUGAGCCUCACCAGCCAGUGGGGUAAGGGUGGGGUGGUGCAGGAAUGGCGGUGUUUUCUCCAGCCGGGCCUGUCCUGGCAGAAUCAUGACCCAAGGAAAGGGAAGCAGGGUAGCAGUUCUAGUUUUCAAAUCAGGAACUUGGCAGAACCCACAUCUGCCUAAGGUGGAAGCCUAUAGCCUAGGAGAGCCCUUUAGACAGCACUGUGUCCCCCAACGUCCCCUCCCCACAUCCUCACCAUGGCCAGUUUGGGAUUAGGCUUUAGGAGAACCAGGAGAGGACCAUGGCGGGAAGAGUUCUGGUCACUAGCACAUCUGCUGGUUCUGUCCAGUCUUGACUAUUGCUGCAGCCCAGGGGCUCCCUGCAGAAGGCUGGGCUUUGUAGAGAGCCAGACUUGUACUGGGGACACCAUGACCUUAAACUUGGCUGGGCACAGGGUAGUUGAGUGGAAUCCUCUAGUUGUGUGGGAAUGGGCUCUUCCCUCCCCUUCUAAUAAUCUCAGCACUUGCUGGAGAAACAGGACCAGACCAGGCUGCAAACCCCCAGGGCACCUUCCCUGCCUUGGCUGCCUGUUUAGGCUUGGAGUAGCGGCAGUUUUAGCAGCGGACAGGAGGAAGCCCAGGCAAUAGGAGUUGUCUGUCCUCUGGCCCUGGGGCACAAGAUCCCUGGUAGGAAAGUGAGGUAUGGAGAGAGGUUGUCUGGGCUGGGGGAGGAGAGCCAGUCCUUGAGUUGGGAGUGUAAGUGAGAAGGGCAGAGGGAGGCAGUUCAGGAUGGGGCUGCGUGGGGACUAUGUGGGAACAAGUUCCCUGCAGCACGGGUGGCACUUGUCAAGUUGCUGGAGGCUUCAAGUGACAGAGGGCAGCUGGAGGAGGUGACCGUUAAGGGGCUUUACUGAGAAGGUGGAGUCAGCCUGGGCGGCUGCCAGUAAGGCUGCAGAGGGCUGAGGGCUGGCUUGGAGCCAGAAACCUAGGGACUCAAAUGCCUACAGGGCCAGCAGGUGACAAAGAGGAGGGCUGGGUGGGGACCGUGUCCCACCAAAGAGAGCAUAUCCCAUUAAAAGUGGGAUGCUACCAUUGUACUGUUCCACAGUGCAGGCCCUAAGGGGUGUUGGCUUUUUCUCUCUCUUUAGGACAGGGCUCUGAAUUAAUACAUUGUAAUUUUUAAGUUAUCAGUUCAAGAAAUGAUCACCAGAGCUGAGAGAGUACCAGUCUGCAAUCUCCAGGGUAGAGAGCACAGGCUGGUUGCGGGAAGACUCCUGCUGUACUGUGGGUGGAAAAUGUGAAAGUUUAAAUUUUCCCAAAGGCAGAAAGGGCCACUUCCUGUGUCUCCCUCCUGGCCCCAUCCUGCAUGCAGAGGCCGUGUUUGUGCUUACUGGGUCACUGGAGCGGGUAGAGUGGGAUAGAAUUGUGAAACUCUUGCCUGCCCUGAAAUGGAUGGUGGCUGGAAUGAGGAGGGGGAGGGAUGCCCUCGCUGGUGACAUGUGUGGUUGCUCAUCAACAUCCAUAGCCCUGGGCCCAGAGCCAGGCCCACUGGGGCCCACACAGACACCAUGGGAGGCUGGUUGUUCAUCAGUCCCUUGUUUUGCUUGGUUCCUCCUGGGGUCAGGGGGCCCUUGAAAAGUGUAUAGCCUUCUCCUAGGCUACACCCCUGGCCAGACCCAUGGAAGGGACGUGACACUAUUUGAUCCAUCUCAGAGUUCAGGGAGUAGGGAUGGUGGUCCCAGUAGCUCCCACACUUGUACCUUGAGAGGAGGUGCAAGACUGGACAAGAUCUUUUUUAGAUCUGAAUGCAGUUGCUUCUCCUUGGGACAGCAACCCUAUAUGUCUCUGGGAACUCCAAGAUAUGACAAGAUAUGGGAGAAAGGUGUGAGGAGAGCUGGAGUCAGGUGUAUUUAGAGAGCAGCUCCAGGUCCCAGAGCCUUAGGACAGGAGCUCUGAGCUCCAGUUCCUUUGAGGCCCAGGAAAGAAGCAGGUGGAGCCCUGACGUGUUCAGGAUAUUAGGGAGCAGCUGAUGGCCAGGGGUACACACACCCCUGCUGUUCACCUCUCCCAAGCUAAGGGCCUCCGGCCUGGAGACUGUCAUAGGCUGCCAUAGGCCACAGUGGUGCUUUGUUUUUUUAAUUUUUUUACUCUUUCUCAUAUGUAGCAAGCCACCCUUCCCUCUGCGGCCACUUAGGCAGGCUGUGCUCUCUGGGGCUGGCCUGGCUGUCUAGUUUCCGGGGAGGCAGAGGCAGGGACUUUGAGGCCUUAGUCACCAUCCAUGACAUCACCUCAUCUCACUUCCUGUAAGACAGGGAUCUGGCAGAUGUCCCCAGACCUCCUGACUCAGGCCUGCCUUUCAGCUUUUCUACCCCACUCUUGGGGGCUGCUGGCUGAAGAGGGUCAAGGUGAGGUCAGAGGAAGCUGGAUGGUGGAGGUGGCAUGGGCAGAGGUUCCUUGUGCUUGGUGUUGGGUCAAAAUGCUGGGAAGCUGGCUUUGGAGAUCCUUCCUCACCAUCCAGCUACCUGCCAGUCCUUUCCCCGCCAUAGCCUCCUAUUUUCAUGCUCGCCCCAAUCCCUCACACUAGCCACUCAUCCUUAGUGGGCAUGGCCAAGUGGGCGGAACAGCAGCCUGAUGGCCCCAGACUUGAUGAUGAAGCCUAGAGAGGUACUGAGGAGCAGACUCAGGAAACUGACCGUGGCUGAUGUCUAGUCCAGUCAUAUCAUGCCCUGACCCCUUUCCUCCUGGAAGACGUCCUGGCUCGGGGGAGUAGGUCUCAUGAUAGCUGUGCAGGUUUUGUGCACUGAGGUCCGUGGGCUAUACCCCUGGCUUUCCUGCCUGGAAUGAGUUUGGGCUUAACGUAUCACCGCCCCACCCUGACGUGCUGUCAGUGGUGUUAGAGUGUAAAGACCUGCAGGUGGGGACCCACAAGCUAGAGGUGGGAAGGACAAGGAUCUUCUCUGAAGGAGUGUAAGUGGGAGUUGAGGGUUCACCCUACCGGGUAUCACAGCCUCCCACCAGCAUCUCCAGCAAGGCGGGUGGGGCCGCCACCGGACUAGCUUCAAGUCCUGUUCACUCCAGUUCGGUGCUUUGGGAUCCCAAGCUUCCUUGUUAAUUUAAGUCUGAAAAGAAAUCUGGGUACAUUUGACCCCUGUGCCAGUGAUGGACAUCCAUCCCCUGUGCUUUGUUGGGCUCCUGUGUUGUCCCUGAUGCCAUUUUUCUGUCCUCACAUCAGUAUUAACUCCUGCCUUUCAGUGUACACUUUGUCUCAUUCCUUUCUCACCUUCCCCUGAAAUGAAUAAAGUCUCCCAGCUCCCGUCGUUGUGUGGGCUGGCAGAAAUCACAUGAAA